ACUCACUAAUCCUUCCAAAAAAAGUGCAUUAUAUCACUUUAAAAUAUCAUAUUUAGCCGUCAGAGUAUGUUCAAGAUGCAUGAUAAUUAGCAAUGUUUAUAUGUUGUAAAUAAUGAGUGUUUUUUUUUAUUACUAGAAAGAAAGUAACCAGAGAGGAGUUUGCUUUUUUCAGUCUGGUUACUAAGGAAAUAUUGUGUGUUGCUGCCCUCUGCUGUUCAUUUUUGGAAACAUUAACAUUAAAUGGCAAUCAUGCAGUACAGUGUAUCUAAUACAUAAACGUUUGUGUACAGUUUAUGAUAUGUAUAGUAAAAACUAUGAAAUGCUGAUGUAACCGCUGAUUCCAUUUUCACAUACUACAGCUGGGAUAUUAAUAGUUAUACACUUUAAGUGGCAAAUGCUGAACGAGUAUAUUGUAAUACAUUUUGGGGAUUUUUUUUGCAUGUAUCUGCCAGUAAUAAGUGCAUGACUGACUACACUGUCUUGUUUUCGUUAUUUUCACACAACAAUGGCGUUCAUUAUUGUUUUCCUUACUGAAAAUGAAGAUGCAUUAAAUUCAGCUGUUUUCUGCACAUAACUAGCUUUUCAGUGGAAUUUUUGCCAGGCAAUCUCAGGGUGCAUAUGACCAAUCAACCAUUUCCAUAUUCAUACCAAUGGACAAUCAGUUCGUGACACAAAAAUGGCGGCACAAUCCUCAGUAGUGGUAGUUUCUAAAGCAAAUCUCCUUCCGCAAAUCAAUGGGGAAAAAAAUCUCAAUUUUUUUCCCUAGCUCGGAUCUCCCUGCUGUGUUUGUUUUCCCUAAUGCAAGCCUCCAUUAUUCCGUGAUUAGAUCAUUAGCUUCCAUCACUGUCACGACUCCAGUGGGAACUUCUAAAAAGCAUGAAUGUGCAACACUGGAAAUGAUUUGACAAAAACGCUGGAUGGGUUCAUGGCUUGAAAGAUGGGAAUUUCAAGAUAGGCCGGGACUUGGGCCAAUGGCCGCAGACACUUUGCCUUGGGUUUUGAGUGCAAACCACCCCCCAACACCAGAACGUGCUGUCCCGUCCUCCAUCUUUAUGACACACAGUUUUUGUGAUGAGGGCAACAAAUACAAAUAAGUGUGAAAUGUUCUCAUGUCAAUCACUACCAGUGUGUAUAUAAAAGGCAAUUUUGGAAUCAAUGAAUUUGCAAACGCCAAACUGCGGCUAUGUGAGGGUUCCCUUACUGUAUUCCUUCCAAGUCGUGCAAACGGCAACCAGGGUGCUAAAGAACGCAAUGUGCAUUUUUUAAUAGACUUUUUCUUUGUUAUUGUUUCCGCUGGCCUUGACUCUUUCACCCUGUGCGCAAGCAACCUCGCCUGUUCCAGGACCACCCUCAUUAUCGCCAUCAAGUGUUUACACUGUCUUCAUUAGCGUCCAGCCCUCCAGUGAUAACAAAGCUUAAAAGAAGCCAUCAAUGGCGGUGAUAAGCACGGCCAUGCUACUAUUUUGGUCAACACGAGUCACCCCUGUAUUUACUCUUGGGAGUAUGGGAGUGGACAUCACUGCCAUGGUCCUUUCACUGGGAAUCUCCUUUGUCCAACGUUGCCGUCACAAAAGCUAGCAAGUUGUUUGUUUGAAAAAUGCACAACUCCAGGAGGUUCUUGUUCCAGGUGUGUUUGAGUCUGGUGCUUUCCACGGGCUCUUGCACCUGCAAGCCGCUCGGCAACGACAUCCACGGCGACGAUGACCUCGAGGGAUUUUACUCCGAGCACUCCACACAACUGGAGGAUCUUGUAAUGGAGGAGGACGUGGACUCCAGGAUGGCGAACCUCCUCAGAACCAUCAAAGAAGACUUCCUGAGGAAACUCAACCUUUCCGAUGUACCUCAGGGGCACGGAAAAAUUUAUCCGCCGCAGUUCAUGAUGGAGCUCUACAACAAGUAUGCUUCAGACACCACGGUGAUCCCUCAGUCCGAUGUUAUUCGCAGCUUCACAGUCCAAGAAAUCGCACAUUCCCUGACAAACGGCGGAAAGUCAAGACACAUGCUGCUGUUCAACAUCAGCAUACCCGGCCAUGAAAAGGUCAUCACAGCCGAAUUACAACUCUUCUUCCUCCCGGAUGCCAGGUCAAGGGUGACCUCCCACAGAUUCACGGCCUCUGUCAAUGUCCACCAAACGGAUUACGGCGGUUUGAAAUCCAACCCACAGCCUCUGGCUUGCACAGAGUUGAAAGGGUCUCAGAACAUGUGGGUGACGUUGGAUGUCACCCCAGCCGUACAGGACGCAGUCCUGUCCGGCAAUGGAAUAACUGGAUUGGAUGUGGUGGUGGAAGGGAACAGCUAUGAUGAUGAUAGCGGUGGUUUGAGCUUGAGCCUUUCAGUGGGAGAUAACACCUCAGCAGCUUUGAUCGUCUUCUCAGAUGACCUCGGCGGCAGGAGGCGGGAGGCCAAGAAAGAACUCAGAGAGAUGAUGCUCCACGAAGAAGAAACCAUUUUCCACUCAGAGGCCAACUGGAACACCGAGAAUCCAAUUGUCAAUCAGAUUCCCGGAGCUCAGUAUCGCCGCAAGAGGAGAAAGGCGGAGCGGGAAUACUGCAGGCGAACGUCUCUGAGGGUCAACUUCAAGGACAUCGGCUGGGACAGCUGGAUCGUGGCACCUCCGGAAUAUGAUGCGUUUGAAUGUCGGGGCUUGUGCUACCACCCGCUGACAGACGACUCCAGCCCAUCCAAGCACGCUCUCAUUCAGACGCUGAUGAAUAUCCGAAACCCCACAAAGGCCAACAUGGCGUGCUGCGUCCCCAUCAAACUGGACCCUAUCACUGUCAUGUAUAAGGAGAACGGAUUUGUCACGAUCAGACAUUUGUAUGAGGAGAUGAAGGUGGCAGAGUGUGGAUGCCGGUAGUCAGAAAGAACGCCACAAUUACAGUACGUAGGUUAUUGUUAUGAUUAAAACCGUAUUUAUGGUGUCCUGCUAUUUUAGGAAUACAUGUAAAUCUGUACAUUUGUAAUUUCAAGAUAUAGCUUCCUACGACGGGAUCACAAUGUACAGAAUGUGUCCAGUAGUCAACGGACCAUUGCCACUGAUAGGAUUAAUAGUUACUGUACAUAGCCCUGUACAGUACAUCGGUUUCUUUUACGAUGUGGAAAUGCUCAGAGAUGAUGCAGGAUAUUUUACAUUUCAUGAUGAAAAGGUGACAUAAUACACGAAUAAAGAACUGUGCA